GUUUUUGAGGUCGUUUUGUUCUAGGGAUGGGGUGCGAUUAUAUCAGCGAGUUGCCGGAUUCUUUACUAACUCAGAUACUCUUAGACCUCCGGACCGAAGAUUCUGUUAAGACAAGCGUUUUAUCGAAGAGAUGGAGAAGUCUUUGGUUAAAUGUUCCUGGACUUGAAUUAUGCACCCUUGACUUCCCCUAUCCUUACGAAGAAGGCUUCGCAAGGUUUAUGGGCAGAUUUAUGGAGUUUAACUGCGGGUCACACCUGCAAAAGUUCAAGAUAAUGUAUGACGAAUGCAAUGGUUAUCGAGAUCGAUUCAUGGACCUGACCGGUACAGUGGUUGAUCGUGGAAUUCAACACUUGGAUGUCUUUAUGAAUAGUUGCAAAAGAUAUAAUUUCAUGCGUGAGAACAUUUACAAGAGCAAGACAUUGGUCUCUUUGUCGCUUUAUAACGUAGAGUUAAAAAAUCCAGAGUUUGUUGUUUCUCUACCUUGUCUCAAGAUCAUGCAUCUGUGCAACGUUUGUUACGGUGAGGAUGGUCCUUUGGAUGUGGAGAAGCUUAUAUCAGGAUGUCCUGUUCUUGAAGAUCUUAAGCUGGUUAGGCUUUUUAAUAUUUUGAGUCAAGAUGUUCUGCUGUUUUUGCGUGUGAGCUCUCAGACUAUGGAAAGCCUUCGUUUAUAUUUUGCCAUAGAUAAUACAGGUGGUACAGAUUUUUCAGUUGAGAUUAAUGCUCCAAGACUCAAGUAUAUGACAUGUUAUGAGAGUCUAUUUGAUAGAAUUAUGGUAAAGAACCUGAGUUCUUUGUUUACUAUCGACAUCAAUACCAAAUAUAAUGUUGUGUAUGGCAGUCUUCUGGCACCAGAGUAUUUAAGGAAUAGAGAUAUUAUCAGUGAUUUUUUAACUGGGAUAUCGAGUGUAAGACAUAUGACCAUCUGUUACUCGACUUUAAAGGUCCUUUAUUGUUACUCCAAACUGGGACCCAUUCUCCAAUUCCAUAACUUAUAUCAUUUGCAGGCUUCAUUCUCCAGCUCAUCGUUACAACUAUUGCCAACCUUUCUAGAGAGCUGUCCAAAUCCGAAAAACCUCAUCUUGGGAAGAAUCUAGGAUUUGGAGCUUCCUUUUAAGCGAGAGAAUAUCGACUUUCAAAAAGUGCCUCAGUGUUUGAUAUCGACUCUCGAGUAUGUUAAGAUUCAAGAACUGAUAUUCAAGGAGAAAAGUGGGAUUAAACUAGUGAAUUACUUUCUUGAGAAUUCAGCAGUCUUAAAGAAACUGACUCUAAGUUUCACAUAUUAUUCUAUCAAGAAGCAAGACUUUGAGAGCUACCAGAAGCUUCUUACAUCCACAAAGCUUUCUCCCACAUGUCAAGUUAUCAUUGAUUGACGUGCAGCACAUGAGCGUUGUUUCAUUGAACAUUUUACAAUAUUUCUUGCUUUGAUUUCAUUCUCACUUUCAUGGAGGACAUUGAAGAUGCUGGUGAGCACAUGACCGUUGUUUCAUUGAACCUUAAUGUAGGAAGUAUCUGUACUCAUGAAAAAUCGUAGUUAGAGUAAGGUUUAGUAGGUUAUCCCAUCUUUUUCUUGUUUGAAUUCCUGAACCACGAAUGAUCUUUAAAGGUCAAGACUAUGUAACUUUUCUUGCUUUGAUUUCAAUCUCACUUUCA